UCAGGAAUGAACGGGUGGUCAGGUUCCAUAUCACCUGAAGUUGGUAAUAUGAGUUUUCUUAGAGAGCUCAUCCUUUACAACAACAGUUUCACAGGCGUCAUCCCACAAGAGAUUGGCAGAUUAUCAAAAUUAAGAAGGCUAGGACUUUCCAACAAUUCUUUGUCAGGUGAAAUCCCUUCGAAUAUAUCUCGUUGUCGAAAUCUUGUAGCACUUCAGUUGAAUGGGAACAAUUUCAUAGGUGCUAUUCCUAAUGAGUUUGAAUCCUUGACUAAGCUUCUAUUCAUAAACCUCCACUCCAAUGAUCUAACAGGAGAAAUACCAAAGUUUAUUGGAAACUUUACAUCCCUUAUGUUUAUUUCUGGGUUAGGAAAUAAUUUCCAUGGAAGCAUUCCAGAUACUCUAGGCCAGUUGUCCAAUCUGUGGUUUUUUGGUUUCGCAGAGAAUAAUCUUUCAGGCGUUCUCCCUCCAUUUUUCAAUCUUUCAUCCUUGACCGAUAUAGAUUUGCCUAACAAUCAGAUUAGUGGGAAUCUGCCAUCAGAUUUUGCACAAAGUUUUCCUAGACUUGAAUCUCUUAGCCUUCGCUUUAAUAAAUUUUCUGGAUCUAUUCCAGUUUCGUUAUCGAAUGCCACUAAUCUUGAACGUCUAGCACUCAAUGCAAAUGCAUUUACUGGAAAUGUGCCGACUUUUGAUCGGUUACAAAGAUUGAGAGGCUUCGCCAUUAACAUUAAUAAACUUGGAAAUGGGAAAUUAGACGACCUAAACUUUGUAUCUUCUUUGGCCAAUUGUACAAAGUUAAUACGUUUGGGUUUCGGUGCCAACAGUCUUGGAGGAGUCUUGCCAAAAUCAAUGUUUAAUUUUACUCAACUCAUAGAUCUCACAGUAGGAGGAAAUUUGAUUUCUGGAAACAUCCCCUCAGAGAUUGGACAACUAGUUAACAUCAGGAGAUUGUUUCUAUUCUCCAACCAGUUUACUGGAAGAAUUCCAGAUUCAAUUGGGAACCUCAAAAAUGUCGGAGUAAUUUCUCUCAGACGAAACUUGUUAUCAGGUUAUAUGCCAUCGACAUUUGGAAAUCUCACGCAAUUAAGCAGGCUCUAUUUAGACCAUAACAAACUAGAGGGUCCUCUAUCAUCUAGUUUAUCAAAAUGUAGGGGGUUGCAGCUUUUGGAUCUUUCUAAAAAUAAUUUCAGUGGUUACAUACCCAAGGGGAUUUUCAGUCUAUCUUCCUUGUCAAUAUACCUGGAUCUUUCUGAUAACCAUUUUGUUGGUUCUCUUCCUCCAGAAGCAGGCAGCUUGAAGAAUUUAGGGUCUUUUGAUGUUUCAAACAACAUGAUGUCUGGGGUAAUUCCUGCUAGCCUUGGAGCUUGCACAAGUUUGGUUGUAUUAUCUGUUUCAGGAAACACCAUUCAAGGAGAAAUCCCAGAGUCAUUUCGAUCGUUGAGAGGACUAGAAAUUCUAGAUCUUUCCAACAACAACUUAAUAGGGAAGAUCCCUGAGUUCCUGGGAGAUUUUUUGUUUUUCAAAGAUUUAAAUUUAUCUUUCAAUGGUUUUGUGGGAAAGGUACCAGAACUGGGAGCUUUCAAAAAUUUAAGCAUAGUUUCCAUUGACGGAAAUACUAAGCUUUGUGGUGGUUUCCAAGGAUUUCAGUUACCUAAGUGUUCCAUUGAAGAAUCAAGAAAAAACCGAGUUCUUCUUUUCUUGAUAAUCAUGGUGCCAAUACUCACUGUAAUUUUUGGAACUCUUGUUGUGAUCUUUUGUUUGUUGUACAAAUCGAGAUAUAAUAAUAAGAUUCCUGAAGAGACUAAUUCAGAUAAUGAAAACUUCCCACAAGUUUCUUAUAGAAGAUUACACGAAGCAACUGAUGGGUUUUCUUUGGCAAACUUGAUUGGUUCAGGAACGUUCAGUGAGGUGUAUAAGGCAAUUCUGUAUGAGAAAAACACGCCACAAGCUGUUGCUGUGAAGGUACUAAAACUUGCAGUUCAUGGUGCUGACAAGAGUUUUUUGGCAGAAUGUGAAGCUUUGAGAAGCAUCAGACAUAGGAAUCUUGUGAAAAUUGUAACUUCUUGUUCGGGUAUUGAUUUUCAAGGGAAUGAUUUCAAGGCUCUGAUUUAUUCUUAUAUGGUCAAUGGGAGUUUGGAGGAGUGGUUGCACCAGAAUCCGAUAGUUGGUCCAGUGAAUGAGGCGCCAUACAGGUGUCUGAAUUUUUUACAGAGGUUGAACAUCAUGAUAGAUGUGGCAAUGGCCCUAGAUUAUAUUCAUUGUCAGUGUGGAUCACCAAUGGUUCAUUGUGAUCUCAAGCCUAGUAAUAUCUUGUUAGAUGAUGACUUGGUUGCUCAUCUUGGUGAUUUCGGUUUGUCUACAUUUAUUCAACAUGAUUCUUCUUCAAGCCACACCAUUUCACUUGGAAUAAAUGGCACAAUCGGAUAUGUUCCUCCUGAACACGGGAUGGGUAGCAAGAUAUCAACAUGUGGUGAUAUUUACAGCUUUGGAAUUCUCAUGUUGGAGUCAUUUACGGGGAAACGUCCUACUGACAGCAUGUUCAGUAGCAGUCUGAAUCUUCAUGAUUUUGUGAAGAUUGCUAUGCCAUACAAAGUUAUGGAGAUAACUGAUCCUGUCCUUUUUGAAACCAGAAAAGAGGAAAAUAUGACUGAAAAUGCACAACACCAUGGGCCAAUCGAGGAGUUCCUGACUUCAAUCUAUCUGAUUGGGACUGCUUGCUCCAUGGAAUUGCCGAGAGACCGGUUACACAUAAAAAAUGUCAUUGAACAAUUGCAAAUUGUGAAGAAAACUUUUCUUGAAACCAUUGGGUGACUCCAACGUAAAAUAAUGAAUGACCACAAAUGUAUAUUAGGUUAAAUUGAUGUUAUGAUAUUGUAUUAAAAACCCUCAAACUCUAAUCUUGUGAACUGUGAACUUUUAACUAAUUAAGAGAAUGAGACAGUAUUUUCCAUGAAAGAUGAUCUAACAGAUGGUUAAAUGAUUUUAAAACAAAUUAGACAUUUAAAUUAAAAUAGAGGGAGUGUUUCGGUGUUUUU